UAAUUUGAAAGUUAUUCUUAGUUAUAUCUUAAUAUUGAAAGUCUUUUUAAUUUAUUUAAUAAAUAUAUUUAUUCACACUUCAAUUUUUUUUUAAUUUGAACUUUACUCGUUUAAUAUUUCUCUUGUAGCAUUAAAUCCCUAUUCAUUUUAUUUGAAGAAAAUAUCAAAGCUUUUCAUGAAAUCUUUUUUCAAGGGACUCUUUAAAAACACUACCUCAUACUUAGGAUCUUAAAAGGAUGAAAAUAUAUAGCGCAUAUUACUGAAAGGUAAUUAAAAAACGCAAAUCAUAUAAAAAAUAGAAGAAAUGGUAUUUAAGGCUAAAUUUGAGCCUAUUCCUCCUUAAAUGGAGGACAUUUGUGAAAAAGUUCACUACCAAGUUAUGAAUGACGAGCCUAUAAGGAUAGAUUACCUGCAAAAACUCCUCCCAAAUGUGAACUUUAAAACAUACGAUGAAGAAUAAUACAACGAAUGGCUUAGAUAUAAACAUAAUUUAGAUUACAAUUCAUCAGAUAUAUAAAUCGAUAAAUAGAAAUCUCCAGAAGACGAGAAAAAAAUUAACAACAUGGGAAAAAAUCAAGUGAUUGACUCAUAGGAAAUACUUAAAAACUACAAAAACCAAAGAAAGUGAAUUAUUUUGAAUGGAUUUAAAUAAUUUAGAGUUUAUAAAUUUAGUAAAUUUAUGCACAUCUAUCUAUAUAAAUAUAUAUAAUUCUAGUUACCACCUUUAUAUAUUAGUUAGUUAAUUAAUUAUAAAUUUUCUACACUGUGUUUUUUAUGCUUAGCCAAAGCCAACCAGCAUUAAAUAGAUAUUUUCAAAAAAAAAAAAAGAAAAUUGUUAAUUUACUCAAUUAAUUUUGAAAUAUUUUUAAUAUUUUUUUAAUUAUUUUCAAUCAUUUUUUUGUUCUAAGUUUUUUAUUAUUACUGUUUCAGCACAAAUUAAUUAAUCAUGAUCCUAUUAAAAGUAAACCCUUUAAAAAAUCAAAUCAAAGGUUUCAAUCUUGGUUGAGAAGAAGGUUCUUCAGCUUUAUGGAGUUCUUCAUAUUUACUUAUAAGAGAUGUGAUAGAAUUCAAAGCCUCGUCAAAAUGCUUUGCAUCCAUAUAUUCUGUAUAAUGAUGAACAAACACCUAAAAAUAAAAUUGUUAAAUUGAUAAUUCCUUUAUUAAAUUUUUACCUUCCUUUUAUAUAGUUUGUUGAAUCUCUCUACCAUAGUCGAAAACUGAUCUCUUAUUGCAGUAUUAUUUGCCAAGCAUAGCAAGGAAGCUAUAUUUGAAUGUACCAAUUAUUUCCUGCACCACUCACAUCAUUUAUGAACUAUCUCUAAUCAAAAAGAUCUCCAAUAUCUUAUUUAAAUAAAUAGAAAGUCUUAGUUAGAACAAUUUUCUAAUAAAUUGAAUUGUUUGAUUUUGUAUUCAUUUUUUACCACUCUUUAAAAGUUGAUUUGUGACACCCUCUUCCAUAUCAACUAUUAUAGACUGAAUUGUUAUUAAAUUAAUUAUAUUUUUCUAUAAUUUAUUUAUUUACUCUUGCCUUCAAGUUGAUUAUUUCACUGCCAACUUUUAAUUCAUGUCCUUUAGAGCUAUUAUGAAUCAUAAAUUAUAUAGUGAUUAAUACAAUUGAUCAAUUCAAAAAUACCUCUUAUCUAUAUUACGGAAAAAAGAAGAAAGAGCAUCAUCAUAGACAGAAGAUUUAUUAUAUUUUGAGUGUUCUUUUAUCGCUAAUUCCCAGAAUUUAGCACCAAUUUAGUUUCCACACUGACCUACUUAAAUAGUUAUAAGUUCUCUCAUUUAAAUUCUUGAUGUAUAAUUUAAUUAAAGUACAGCUAAUAAUUAAUAAUAAAUAUUAUCUUAAUUUGAAAUUUUAUCAAAAAUCCAAAUCAAAAAUUAAAAAAUAUAAAAAAUAUCAAUACUUUGUAUAAAAUAUAAUUAAUACUUUGUUUGGC